GCCUCUGCUGGUGUGAGAGCCUGAGUACACUGUUAGAAAAAGGACUACUAUUUUUUUUUUCUUCCCAUGGGAAAGUGACUGAUCGAAAGGUGAAUAGGAAGCAAGUUGAGCACUGGAAAAUCCCCUCUGCAGUUUGGCUCACUGACAGAAGCUGAGAUCUGCACAGUUUGAUUUACAGCCUCUCUGGGACAUUGGGAAAUCUGACAAAGACAGUGCUGCCCACUAGCACUGGGGGAAACAGGAAGUAGCAAAGGAAACAAGUCAUUGCCUAGGCGUCCCCUUUGGCCACACCGCAGUGCAGAUGCACAAGCAGUUGGGGUAGGGUUUCUUUUCCUUUUUUGUGUUGAAUGUACAGCAGCCAUCGCAGUUGCAUUGAACCUUAUUUAACGCGGAAGUGGGAGCAGUGCGGAGAUGUCUCUCUCGUGUCUGAGAGGGGUCAGAAGUUAUUAAUGGCUUUGUUAUCACAAAGGAAACGAUCAUUUGGUGAAACUGUCAGCAGGAAAACAAUGUGUCGUUCAAGCAUGGUCACCAGAACGAUGGCCUCAGAGGAGCAGGUCUGGCCAGUCCCAAUGAAGGCAAUUGGAGCACAAAAUCUUUUGACAAUGCCUGGAGGAGUGACCAAAUCAGGGUAUCUUCAUAAAAAAGGAGGCACUCAGCUGCAGAUCUUGAAGUGGCCUUUGAGAUUUGUGAUUAUUCAUGAGGGGUGUAUUUACUACUUUAAGAGUAGCACAUCUGCAUCUCCACAGGGUGCAUUUUCUUUAAAUGGUUAUAACAGGGUUAUGCGGGCAGCUGAAGAGACAACAUCAAGCAAUGUGUUUCCUUUCAAGUUAGUUCACAUUAGCAAGAAGCACAGGACGUGGUUUUUUUCUGCUUCUUCUGAAGAUGAAAGAAAGAACUGGAUGCUAUCUCUGAGGAGGGAAAUAGAUCACUACCAUGAGAAGAAAGAAACAAUAACAGAAUUCAGUGAUUCUGGUUCUGAUGCAGACAGUUUCUAUGGCUCAGUAGAACGUCCCAUUGAUAUCAAGUAUUCUCACCACUCAGCAGAUAAUGAAGAUUAUGACCAGGAGGAAGAAGACGAAUCCUACUUGCAACCAGAUACUCCUGACCUAGGGAAAGAUGACAUCAUGGUCCUGCCCCCGGCCUACCCGCCUCCGCCGGUUCCUUAUGUCAGAAAAGCCGCCUUCUCAGAAUCAAGGGCCCAUUCCUUUGUUUGCAAAUCUGUUGGGCCUGUACCACCACCACCACCUCCGAAAAGAGGCUUACCUGAUAUCAAACAAGAGGAUCUUUUAAACGUGAGAGAACCCCAGUUACAUUGCCGAGCUGAAUCUAAUCUAAAGAAUCAGCACUCAAGCUGGAGAAUAAGUGAACAGCCACCUCCUGUACCCCCUCUACCUCUUUUCAAGAAGCCUGUCUGUAUCAAAGAAUCAUGCUCAUUGCCCUCAGAGCCUCUCCCUCAAGUUCUCACUACUCCAGAAGGAUGCGAGAAGCUAAAGAACUUAAACCUUUCACCACGAACUCCUCCUCCACUACCAAGCAGUAAACCCAAGCUGUCACAGUUAACCGAAAAGCCGGUAGACAUCAAAGUGCCAAGAGAACAUGGUAAACCUGGACUGUUCAUACCACCAGUACUUCCAAAGCCCCCUGUGCCAGGCCACCAGCCCCCUGUGCCAGGAGUCAAGCCUAGACCAGAGAAGUCUUUAUGUCCCCAGUUACAAUCGCCACCAGAUGGGCAGAGUUUCAGAAGCUUCUCAUUUGAAAAACCAGCACUACCUGCCAAGCCAAACCAACUUGCUGAUGAUUCUGAUGAAGACUAUGAAAAAGUUGAGCUGCCUAAUUCAGUAUUUCUUAAUACUUCUGAAUCCUUUGAAGUUGAAAGGGCAUUUAAAGCUAAUAGCCCAAGAGGACAACCACAAAAUGGAUUAUACUGUAUCAGGAACUCAUCUACUAAGGCUGGAAAGGUAUUGGUUGUAUGGGAUGAAUCUGCAGAAAAAGUGAGAAACUACAGAAUCUUUGAAAAGGAUUGCAGGUUUUACCUGGAUGCAGAGAUCAUGUUUUUGAACAUGGGAAGUUUGGUUGAAUACUACAGCACUCACGUCUUACCUAGUCAUGACAGCCUAAUUCUUCAGUGUCCUUAUGGUUACUCUAAACCAAGAUGAUGUGGCUGGCGUAACUCACUGAUGCUGAGGAAAAAUGGGCUGCCCGCUAUCUGUGAAUUAAAGUGUGGACGUUUGCCACUGUUGGAAUACCUGUUGUUUGCACACGGAAACUGAGUCUGUUUCAACCAUUUGUUCUCACUUGGGUUGUGUAUAGACUGUGUUUAAUGAACUCUUGGUAAACUUUGCAAUCCAGAUCAGUGGAUUUUAUGGCCCUUUCUUUUAAAAAGAUCUGAACGGAUUAUGCUGUGAAAGCUGUCUGUGAUACCUGCACCUUUUAUAAAACUGCUGCUAUUACUAAUGUUCUCGGAACACGUAGGAUGGAUGUGAACAAAGAAAAGUUAUGGAUAUAACCUGUGCAGAAAAGGGAAACUUCUAAAAGUACAUCAGAAUUCACUUGUGACAGGGAAUACUAAUACUCUGACUUGAAGGCAUUGCGCCUUAAGUCAGUACUGGUGCUUAACUGAGAGGUUUUUUUUUUUUUUUUUUACUUGUAUUGUUGAUUUGUAAAUAAUGAAGACUUUUAUGCAAAUAAUUUGGUUUACUAUAGGUAAAGAUGAUCAAGAAAAGCGGCUUUUUUUAAAGCCAUCCCAUACAUACAUGUAACUUCUGAUUCCAGUGUCUGCAGUGAUCGCUAUCAGGGAACUGUCCAGCUGAUACGGGUAUGGCAUCCCAUAUAUUAUUUAAUGAUGAGUAUUUCAGAUAGGCAUGGAUAAUAUUAAUUUGGCUGUCAUGGGACCCCCAUUUGCUAGUUCAGAACUGGAUGGGUAGGUGCCACUAAUAUUAUAAUGGGUAUGAGAAAAGAAAAAGGAGUGUAUGAGUUUAAUGGGAGGGGGUGGGGGGAAGUCACGGAUACCCUGAAUUCUGAUUAGCUGUUCUCUCUCACAUUGCUAUCAUAAAAGGUUUAAAAUUAAAUACAUAAAAAGAAGAAAUCUAAAACCCUAAGUGUGAUGCUACAAUCACUAAUGAAUAUAGCCCAUAAAACUUUCUGGUCAGUCUCUUGGAUCAGGUUGUCAGCUCAUCCCAUUCUGUUCUGUUCUAGGGCAAAGUAUAUUGCCCUAUUCUGUAAAUUGCUAAUAAUUCUUCCAUUAUUAAAAUCGCUACUUGGUUUGUAGUUGCGUGCAAAAUAAAAUCUGGUGUUAAGGUACUAUUAGUACUGAACAAACUGUAGCAUUAAUGAUACGCGUUAGGAGGGUGCUUUCAAGCUUUGUUCCCAAAUAUUUUGGGGGCAAGUAUCCUAAAACCAAGGACUUAAUGGUUAUGUUGAAAUUACACUAUACAUGAAUUUUCAUAAAGAGGUAAAAUCUGUUUUAAUGACCUUUUAAACAUUUUUCUUAAUUCAGAAGUACUGUAAUAAUGAUUUUAUCUCUAAUAAUGUUUAACAAGACUUGUAAUAAUUUUGCUGUAAUUCCUAAAACAGGAGUAGAGGUUAUCUAGUUUGAGUGAAUCCAUACCAUAAACUUCAUUUGUUUUGUUACCUUUACAAAGUUUAUACAUCAGUUUUAAUCUUAUUACAGUUAAAUGGUCACAACUUUAAAAACCCGAACAAAGACAUUACAGAAUAUUUUUUUUGUUUAUGAAACAUCUAAUUAUAUCUCCUAAUAAGGAGAUGUAAUAUUAAGGCCAUACAUAGAACCAGAAUUUUUUGCCUUGUUUCCUGUCUUUUGUGAGAAAGACACACACAGUAUCAGUCACUUGAUCUCUGCUCCUCCUGUAAAAUGUCUUGUGAGCAAAAAUUAAAGCAUAUGCAGUACUUAAAUUUCAGAUUCUGUUGGAGAUCAGAUAUUUUAAUAGUUCUUAAUUCCUUUGUUUUAAAUGAGCAUACCUGUGGUUCAGUACUUCUCUGAUACGAGUCGCUGUGUAAAGAAGGCUCAGCCAAUGAGCCAAAGUAUUAGGCAGAGCAAGUUCUGGCAUCAUACAGUAUUUAUAUUUACUGUCUGCAGAGUAAAUUCUGCUCUUUCUGGAAAUAACUGACAUCAUUGCGUCAGGACAAUGAUACUUACAAUAUACUAUCUUUGGGGUCCUAUUCAGAUACGGAAUUGUAAUAGCAUUUUUUGUUUUGCAACCAUAUAAUCUUAAGAUUUUUAAACUGUAAAAAUACUUACGUAAUCUAAUUCCAACAUAUGAAACAUAACACUGUCUUUACCUGUGUAAUACAAAAUUUGCAAAUUUGUAAAUUUUUGUGUUAAUUUCCUUUUUUAUAUAAAUAUAUGUAUUUCUGAGGUGGAUAAACUUUCAGUGGCAGUUCGUCUAA